AUGCUUUUAGAUGCUUAUGCGAAUCUCGAGUCCCUCACCGAGCUUCAUCGGCAAGUCAAAAAUCUGAGCAUGCUACAGCAGAAGUUUCACGAGGAAAUACUACCCGCAAAGGACUUGCCGAAGGAGUUCUUUAUUUCUCUACUCCGCUUCAAGUACUUCUUGGAGCAAACGGCAAAGGGGCCUUUAGACAAGCUCAAAGUAGCUGUUACAGCCUCUCCACCGAUGCGGAAAUUCUUCGUCCGUGAGCCUCCUGUUGAUCCUGACUCAACAAAGAUAUUUGUAAGGAGUCGCCCGGGAUUCAAGACGGAAAAGGUAGAACAACAAAUGAUUUGGUUGUUACGAACACUGUGGGAAGAUGAUUAUACCAUCUUUCUCAUUCGCGUGCCUAACGUCGUCGAUGAGUUGGAGCGACUGCUACAGGCGGAGCCUAAGGCGGAUGCCCUCGUAUCGGCCCACGUGGCCAAAAUGAUCGGUGAUUUAGCCAUUGUCACACAGAGUCUCAAGCAACUCGAGCUCUAUCAGCCAUGGGCCCAACAGUUCGAGAUGGCUUCGGCUGACCAUGUAGAAGACUUCAAAGAGCAGUACAACGCGCUACAGAAACCUAUAGCACAGCUUCACGCUGCAUUUUUACAAAAGGCCCUGGAUAACGCCGCUAGACUUGCGGAGCCGUCAGGUGGCAAAUUUACUUACCCAUAUAACAAACGUCGGACAAAGGAGACAGUAGACGCUUUGCGACAGGCUGAGUCGAAUUUAGAUAUGUUCUGGGCUCAGGUUGACGACAUAACAAAAGCUAGAGUUACAGAUUUCAAAGAUACAGCUCUUUAUCGCCUUCUUUCUCAGCCACGCAUCUUGAGAAGAACCGCAGAAUGGGUUGAACCUACAAAAACAAGAGAAAAAGCUAAACCCGCCCUGGGCCUGGACCCAGAUCUUUGGGCCCUCAACCGUCCACUUUCAAACCUGUUCCUGGACCAACCUGCACAAACACCUCAGAGAUUCAAUGCUCAUGACUUUCAGUCCAAGAUCAAGAUCAAGACCAAGGGUGACCCCUCUGGAACGUCUAACAACGAUAACGUGGCACCAACUGAUGCCAUAAAACCCGAAAUUCUCAACGCUCAGCCAGUAUUUUCCGUCGAUGUUCGAGCAUUGAAGGUGUUUCGCACUUUAUUCUUUAACCCCGAGGUAACAUCGACGCCUGGCUCCAUUUCAUGGAGCGACUUUCUCUAUGCAAUGGCCUCUGUAGGUUUCCAGAUUGAGAAGCUCUAUGGCUCUGUCUGGCAGUUUUCUCCUACAAUUUUAGAUAUUGAGCGAGGGAUUCACUUUCAUGAGCCCCAUCCAAAAGGCAAGAUUCCUUUUGAAGUCGCUCGACGGCACGGGCGAAGAUUGACACGGGCUUAUGGCUGGUUCGGGGGCAUGUUUAUGCUCAAGGAGAAGCAAUAA